AUGGUAAAUAAAGGAGAAAUUACUCUACCACAGAGAGAAGCAAAUUUCCCAACACCAGCAAAUUCUAGCGAAGAUACAAUAAUUGAAGAGCAACAUAAGAUUUAUGCUCAAUCAUGAUCAAGUAGUAGUUCGAGCAAUAAAGAACGUAUAGAAAAUAUUCCUCUUGAAAUUUUAUCAGAUGAAAGCACUCCACCAUCUCCUAAUUCAAUAAGCGAAUCAAAAAGCUCAUCAAAUAUAGAGACAUCAACAACAGCACCUACAAACACUGAUAUUUGAAAGUAUAUUGUAUUACUAUUGGAAGGCAAUGAAAUAAACAGAAAAGAUAUUGUGAAUAAUAAAUUAACAUAUCAAUUCAUAGACUUUCAAGACAUUUUCAAAGCUAGAUGAAAGGAUCACAGUCAAAAUCUACAAGAAAAAAAAUCGCAAAAAUUGAAUUCAAGUGAAUCAUGUGAACAAAAGAGCAAAUAUAACUUUUUUUCUUUGCUUCAGCCUUACUAUUCAACUUUUGAAUCUGAAGAAGAAUUCAAAAAAGUUAACGAUUCAUCAACAAAUCCGAAAAUUGAAGAAUAUGAAGCUAUCUCUAAAAGAAUAUCUGAUAAAAAUACUGAUAAGUUCAAAAUUUUCUUAAAAAUUUAUAAAAUUUAUAGUCAAGUCGAAGUCGAAGAUGAUGAACAUUUUGACUUGAGUCGUGCAAGAGAUGUUCUUGAUUUAUUAGAUGAUAGAUUUUUUAUUCAAAAACAUUCGCCAAAAUAUGAAACUUACUCCUUGAUAGACAAAUUUAAGAUAAAUAUUGCUAAUCAAUUAAAUAAGUCAACGUCAAAAGAUGAAAUAACUGGAUGAAUUUUUAUAGCGCAUGAGAUAAGCAUUAAAUGGAAAAAUAUUGAAAUGACUGAUGCAAUAAUAUUAACUUGUAAUCGUUUUAUGAAUCUCUUUAAAGAAGAAAAAGUUCAAAAUGAUAAAUUAUUGGUAAUACUGAAUAAAUUUAUUGGCCCCAAAGAGGAAAAUGGAUGCAAAUUAGGAUCCGAAGCUUUGGAAUGGCUAAAAGCUAACUAUCGAAAAGAAGGAUUGAACUCCAGAAUGAAAGCUAUGAUUAGUGCUAUUAAAAAGAAUAGAUUUAAACUUGAAAUAUGCCAAAAAGAUUUCCUUGAAAACCUCCAAAACAAACUUCAACACUGAACUUUUAGUGCAUAUAGAAAAAUAAAUUCUUUGAAGAGAAGAAGCAAAAAUUUGAUGAUUAAUGGUAUUGCUAGAAAUCUCAAAAUAAUUAAUAAAGGAGAAAUAGAAAAUAUAAGGAAAUUUUGUCAUGCAUAUGGAGGGAAUGCCUCUCUUUACGAAUGCAUUUACAAAAAUGAAAAUGCACUUAUAAAAAAAUAUAAAUAUACUAAAAGUAGUAAAGAUGAAAUUAAAAAAAUUGUCAAUGAGAUUGCAAAUGCAAUCUAUCUUAGUAAAAUUAAUGAAACAAAUAUUUAUACUAAGGUUUUCGGCUUAUUUUUAGAAGAAAUUGGAGAAACUAAAGAAAAAGAAAAAAUAUAUUGCAUUAACCUUCUGAUGGAAAAGUGCUCAGGCACUUUGGAAGAAUAUAUAGAUAAUUUUAAUUGCGAUGAUAAUGCCUUUAGCGAUUUUGCAGAUUCACUGCUUAAUGGUAUUCUCUUGCUUCAUCAACAUGGGUUGAGUAUUAAUAACAUUACUCCAAGUAAGAUUUUGUAA